CAUCAUAACACAAGAUACCCCAAAACAACCAACUCUCACAACCAACUUACAACCACAACCACCUCUUUCAUAACCAUUUGAUUUAAUUUUGAUAUCCCAAAUCAUCAGAUAGCCCAAUAUGUCUUCCAUUGUCAACAAGGUCAAGGACGCUCUGUCUUCGGACAAGAAGCACGAGACGCCUGAGGGAACCCACGGUCAUCACGACAGUCGCGCAGCAAACGCCGCCGACCCCCGCAUCGACUCUGACCGUGACCACCGCGCCAACCCUGCUGGUACCACCGGCACUCACACUGGCACUUCCGGCCUCACCGGUACCACGGGUACCCACACCGGCGCCCACGGAACCACGGGCACCCACGGCACACACACCGGUACCACCGGUGGCCUUACCGGCUCCCACGCGACGGGCACUCACACUGGUCACACCGGCGUUGGUGGCUACGAUGGCCCUGCCCCCACAACUGCAGGCCCUCACAAGUCUGACGCGCUGAACAAGGCCGACCCCCGUGUCGACUCUGACCACUCCAAAGACUACAACACCCACACCACCGGCGGCUUGACCGGCAACCCCGCUGGUGCCGGCCACCACACCACCGGUGCUCACUCCGGUACCCACACUGGUACUUCCGGUCUCACCGGCACUGGUACCCAUGGUACCCACUCCAACGUCACUGGCUACGAUGACCCCGCCGGUACUCACGGCACCCACAACUCCAGACUCGCCAACCAGGCCGACCCCCGUAUCGACUCUGACCGCGACCACCGCGGCGCCACCGGUCACACCGGCAUCGGCAGUACUGGCACUCACACCGGCACCCACACCGGCACCUCAGGUCUGACUGGCACUCACGGCACCACCGGUACCCAUGGCACUCACACCGGCACCACCGGCGGUCUGACCGGCUCUAAUGUCACCGGCUACGACGACCCCGCCGGCACCCACGGCACCCACAACUCCAGACUCGCCAACCAGGCCGACCCCCGUAUCGACUCUGACCGCGACCACCGCGGUGCCACCGGCCACACCGGCAUCGGCAGCACUGGCACUCACACCGGCACCUCGGGUUUGACUGGCACCCACGGCACUACCGGUACCCACGGAGUCGGCUCCAACACUCACAACAGCAGCCUCACUGGCAACCCCAACACCGGCCACACUGGCGGCGUUUCCAACACCGAGAACGCAGCUGGCCACGUUGGCUCAGCCGUUGGUGGCGUCCACGGCACUGGCCCUGCCCCAGGAACUGCUGGCCCUCACAAGUCAGACUUCUUGAACAAGGCUGAUCCUCGCGUCGACUCCGACCUUGACGGCUCAAAAACCGUUGGAGGAAACAAGACUCACGCCCAGGCUGGAACAUCUUCUCACGCCAAGGACCCUACCGAUGCCGCUCAGGUACCUCCUUCCGUGCUCGCUAAGCAUAUUGGAGAGCCGGAGACUGCGCACGGCGGUGUCCAUGGAGACCAUGGUCGAAGGAACUCGAUCCCUUCUCACCAAGAUACCCACCGUGGAUUGUAAGGGAAGGGAUGAGGAGGAUUGCAUGAAAUGAUACCUAGUACAGCUGUACCAUAGCGAUAUGACCUAAUGAAAUUAUUAUUGCUGAAAA